AUGCCUGUUGCGACGUUCGACGUUGGCAGGCUCGCAAGCAACGACACCACCCCUUCCCCCCAGUCCAACCCCCCCUCUUCUCUUAUGGCGGUCAUUACCACGGCCUGGCCCUACGGGGCCCUGCCGGUAUCCGCUGCACACGACGACGAUAUGGACGGCAACAUGGCCCAGCUCUCGCCCCUCUCCGAGCUCUAUGAGAUGCCGGACGAGACCGACGACUGGGCCGUGCUCAUGCAGCAGGACACCUUAUUCACCGGCGCCUUCGAGAUGGCGAGCUUCGACUAUCCCGCCCUGAGCACCGACUAUCUAACUACCGACUACCAGACUACCGACUAUCAAGCCGCCGACUACCUGACCAAUGCAUCCCCCCAGGACAUUUUCACCUACCCUGCCGUCCAGUACGACAUUGAGCAGAGCCUCCAAACCGCUGUCUUUGACUUCAAUGCCCCCCUGCCCGACGUGUCCGCCUCCGGCUACCUGUCCGGCGUCGACCAGCUCUCCUCCUACUUCGGGAGCACAAAUACUUCCCCUUAUGAGUCCGCCCUCGACUUCUUCCCCGAAGCCGGUGACUUCUCCUCUUUCGUCUUCCCGGACAGCGCCGACGGCUCGUCCCCUGAGGCUAUUACUGCUCCUACUACUACUUCAGCCGCCACCACCGCCUCCCCCGACUCGGACGCCGGCAGCACCGGCGCCAGCGCCGCGUCCCACCCGUUCCGCUGCGCCGCCGACGGCUGCGCAAAGACCUUCCGCAAGGAGGCCCAGCUGAAGCAGCACCAGCGCGUCCACCGCAAGGCUCUCGUCUGCAACAUCUGCCGCGCCGAGGGCCGCCCCGAGCACAAGUUCGCGCAGGUCCGGGACCUCGAGCGCCACCUGCAGGCGCGCCACCGCGACGUCGCCGCGCGGGCCAACGUCCGCUCCGAGAUCCGCCGGUGCCCUCACCCGGGCUGCGAGCACGAGGGCCGCCGGGACAACGUGUCGAGGCACCACAAGAGCAAGCACGGCAAGGAGCUCAAGUGGAAGAGGGGCACCCCGCACGUGGUGGGUUGA